CAAGCUCCGCGCGCCGCGGGGAUGGAGCUGGGGCAUAAAAGGCCGAAGAGCGCGUUCCCGCGUCGCGUCUGGGAGCGGGCCCUGGGGGGUCGUUCCCUUCCCUCUUCGCUCCUUCCCCGGCGCGCGGCUUUCGGCGCUGGGAUUUAAGCUUGGCCCCGGACGCCCUCUGGCCCGCGGGGUAGAGGACCCUCCCCCUCCCUGGGCGUGUUUUGCUCGCUCUAAACGAGAAGGUUAGGACCCUUGAGGGUCUUCCCAGCGCCCCCAUUCUUAUGGAAGCCUGAGUAUUGAUCUGUGAACAAGAUGACAGAUGGGUCGUCAUCUUCCUUCUUCCCUGAUUUUGGGCUGCUGUUGUAUUUGGAGGAGCUAAACAAAGAGGAGUUGAAUAAAUUCAAGUCAUUUCUAAAGAAUGAGACUGUGGAGCCCAGGUCCUGCCAGAUACCCUGGUUUGAGGUGAAGAAGGCCAAGCGAGAGGACCUGGCUAAUUUGAUGAAAAAAUAUUAUCCAGGAGAGCAAGCCUGGGAUGUGGCUCUCAAAAUCUUUGGCAAGAUGAACCUGAAGGAUCUGUGUGAGCGGGCAACAGCAGAGAUCAACUGGACAGCCCGGACCAUGGUAACAGAAGGUGCCAGGACACAAGAGGAACAAGAUGAUCAGGAGGCAGUGCAAAGUGAUGGAACAGAAUACAGGAUCCAAAUAAAGGAAAAAUUUCGUAUCAUGUGGGAUAAGAAGUGUUUGUUUGGGGGACCUGAAGAUUUCCAUCCUGGAAUUGCUCAGGAAGAUCGAGAACUGUUGGAACAUCUGUUUGAUGUGGAUGUGAAAACCGGCGAGCAGCCACAGACAGUUGUGCUCCAGGGGGCUGCUGGAGUUGGGAAGACCAGCUUGGUGAGAAAAGCAAUAGUAGAUUGGGCUGAGGGCAAUCUCUAUCAGCAGAAGUUUAGCUAUGUUUUUUAUCUCAAUGCAAGAGAAAUCAACCAGUUGAGAGAACGGAGCUUUGUUCAAAUGAUAUCCAAGGACUGGCCCAGCACAGAAGGCCCCAUCGAAAGGAUAAUGACCCAGCCGAGUAGUCUCCUUUUUAUUAUUGAUAGUUUUGAUGAACUGAACUUCGCCUUUGAGGAACCGGACUUUGUGCUAUGUGAAGACUGGACCCAGGUACACCCCGUGUCCUUCCUUAUGAGUAGUCUGCUGAGGAAAGUAAUGCUCCCUGAGUCCUUUUUAUUGGUGACAACGAGACUCACGGCUUGUAAGAAGCUAAAGCCUUUGUUGAAGAACCAGCAUUCUGUAGAGCUGCUGGGUAUGUCCAAGGAUGCAAGAAAAGAAUACAUUUACCAGUUCUUUGAAGACAAGAAGAGGGCCUCGCAAGUAUUCAGUUCACUAAGAAGCAAUGAGAUGCUUUUUAGCAUGUGUAAAGUCCCCCUGGUAUGCUGGGCCAUCUGUACCUGUCUGGAGCAGCAAAUAGAAAUGGGUGGUGAUGUUUCAUUAACCUGCAAAACAACAACAGCUCUGUUCACCCGCUAUAUUUCUAGCCUGUUCCCACCAGUAGAUGGAAACUGUCCUAGUCUGCCCAAUCAAACCCAACUAAAGAGCCUGUGCCACUUGGCUGCCAAAGGAGUGUGGACUAUGACAUCUGUGUUUUAUAGGGAAGAUCUCAGAAAGCAUGGCUUAACUAAAUCAGAUGUCUCGAUUUUCCUGGACAUGAAUAUUCUUCAAAAGGACACAGAGUAUGAAAAUUGCUAUGUGUUCACUCACCUGCAUGUUCAGGAGUUUCUUGCAGCUAUGUUCUAUAUGUUAAGAGACAAUUGGGAGACCAGGAAUAAUUUAUUUGAUUCUUUUGAAGAUUUGAAGCUAUUGCUUGAAAGCAAGAGUUCUAAAGAUCCCCAUUUGAUGCAGAUGAAAUGCUUUUUGUUUGGCCUUUUGAAUGAAGAUCUACUAAAACAACUGGAGACAACUUUGAAAUGUAGACUGUCACUGGAGAUAAAAGGGAAAAUCCUUCAGUGGCUGGAGAUACUGGGAAACAUCAAAUGUUUUCCAGCAGAGCUAGAAUUUCUGGAAUUGUUUUUAUGUCUGUAUGAGACUCAAGAUGAAGCAUUUAUAAGCCAGGCAAUGAGAUCUUUCCAAAAGGUGGUCAUUGAUGUGUGUGGGAAAGUCCAUUUGCUUGUGUCUUCAUUCUGCCUUAAGCACUGCCAAUGUUUACAGACCAUUAAAUUAUCUGUGACUGUGGUAUUUGAGAAGACGUUAAACUCAAGUCCCCCAGCUGAAAUGUGGCAAAAGGAUGAUGGUAGCAUUAUUCAUUGUUGGCAAGAUCUCUGUUCCGUGCUUCAUACAAAUGAGCACUUGAGAGAACUGGACCUAUGUCAUAGCAACCUUGAUGAAUUAGCCAUGAAGACUUUUUAUCAAGAACUGAGGCACCCAAACUGUAAACUACAAAGACUAUUGAUGAGAUUUCUUUCUUUCCCGGGUGGUUGUCAGGAUAUUGCUAGUUCUUUGACUCACAACCAGAAUCUGAUGCAUCUUGACCUGAAAGGGAGUGAUAUAGGGGACGAUGGAGUAAAGUCAUUAUGUGAAGCCUUGAAACACCCAGAGUGUAAACUACAGAAUCUGAGCUUGGAAUCCUGCGACCUAACUACACUUUGCUGUCUAAAUAUUUCCAAGGCUCUCAUCAGAAGUCAGAGCCUGAGAUUUCUGAAUCUGUCCACCAAUCACCUAUUGGAUGAUGGAGUCAAGCUCUUGUGCGAGGCCUUAGGACAUCCCAAGUGUCACCUAGAGAGACUAUCCCUGGAAAGCUGUGGCCUCACGGUAGCUGGUUGUGAGGAUCUUUCCUUGGCUCUCAUCAGCAACAAAAGACUGACACAUUUGUGCUUGGCAGAUAACAUCUUGGGAGAUGAUGGAGUAAAGCUUGUGAAUGAUGCUUUGAAACAUCCACAGUGCAAACUCCAGAGCCUUGUGCUAAGGCGUUGCCACUUCACUUCACUUAGCAGUGAACAUCUCUCGUCUGCUCUCCUGUGCAACAAGAGCCUGAUACAUCUGGAUCUGGGGUCAAACUGGAUACAAGAUGAUGGAAUAAAGCUUCUGUGUGAUGCCUUUCGGCAUCCAAGCUGUAACCUUCAGGACUUGGAAUUGAUGGGCUGUGUUCUUACUAGUAUGUGUUGUCUGGAUCUGGCUUCUGCUAUUCUGAACAACUCACACCUACAGAACCUGGACCUUGGGCACAAUGACCUGCAGGAUGAUGGAGUAAAAAUUCUGUGUGAGGCUUUGAGACAUCCAAACUGCAAUAUUCAGAGGCUUGGAUUGGAAUACUGUGGUUUGACCUCCCUGUGCUGUCAGGAUCUCUCAUAUACUCUUAGAAGCAACCAAAACCUGAUAAAAAUAAACCUGAAACAGAAUACUUUAGGGUAUGAAGGAAUGAUGAAGUUAUGUGAAGUCUUGAAGUCUCCUGAAUGUAAACUGAAAGUUCUGGGGGUGUGCAAAGAAGCAUUUGAUGAGGAAGCUCAGAAGCUGCUGGAAGCUGUGCGAAUUAGCAAUCCACACCUCAUCAUUAAGCGCGAUUAUAAUGAUGAUGAUGAAGAUGGUUCCUGGUGGCGGUGUCCCUGAUUUGAAGAACCUGAUGUUCUUUUUAAAAGUAAAAUGAAGGCCUCAGAGUGACUAGGCUUGGGCCUCUUAGCUUUAGGUGCUUUAUGCCCAGAUUGUUUAAGGUCUGUUAGAUGUAGAUGAGUCACUUCUCUGUAACAUAUCUGUUAUACUUCACAUGGGAGUUGAAAGGCUAUAAAAUAAAAUGAAAAGCAUAAAGCUCUGUGAAAGGUAUGACAUGUUUUUAAUUGGAUACAGAGCUUUAGAAUUCAGAUGUGAGAAUCCUAGAAAUGACACCAGAGGACGGGGCCAGGGCAGAUGACAUAAGAAUGUCUGUUUUCCUUUCUCUCCCUCCCAUAGUUGGCUUACUUCACAGCCUCACCAGAUCUGGGAUAUUUUACUGACUGCUUUUCUUUGUGUGCUCCUGGGACCACUGGUGUCUAAAUACUUCGGGUGUUUCUUAAAAUGCAGAUUAUUGAGCCCUGUAUCAGACUUACUGAAUCAGAAUAACUGGAUGAAAACCUUAGGAACUGGCAUUUUAAAUAAUUUUCCAGGCAGUUUUUAGGCAUGUUAUGAUUUGAGAAUUGCCAGUCUCAAUUGAAGUGGGAGUCCACUUCCUCAGUGAACAUUUUCCGUAGCCUGUUGCAAAGAUAUAAGUGGAUAUAGGAUUAUUGGGUUUAGAGCUAAAGUCAUGUGCUUUGACAGAAACCUGAUUCAGUAACCUUUUCUGUGAAAGACUUUUAAUUAUUUAUUAAUAUGUGAAAAACCAUUCCAAAAUUUAGUGACUUAAAGCAGUUACUGCUUUGUUCUAUCUCAUGACUUGGUAGAUUAGAAUUGAGAGGGGCUCAGCUAAGCAUUUCUUACACUCCACACAUUACUUGGGGUCCUUCAGUGAUACUCAGCUCGCAGCCAGGUUGCUCUGGAGGGUCCAGGGUGACUUCACUCACAUGCCUGGUACCUUAGCAAAGAUGGCUGGAAGGUUGGGUUUGGCUGGAUAUCUCUUCCCUCUAGUCUUAGGGACUUUCCACAUGGUUUCUCCAGCAGGGAAGGUAAUUAUCUUAUGGGGGUUUAGGACUUAAAGGGUCCAAGUGGAAGCUGCCCAUUCCUUGAAAGUUAGGCCCCAGACUGGCACAAAGUCACUUCUAUCUUAUGCUAUUGGUCAGGAACAGUCCAGGGCAGCCAGCCCAGAUUUGAGGGCAGUCACUUCUUGAUGGGCAUAGUGUCAAUGAAGUUGUGGUCUUCCUUAGUCUACCAAAGACUCAAUUUUUUUUCCCUCCUUGUCUGUAAGAGAUAAGUCUCAUAGAUGGUAUAAUCACCCCUAUGUCAAUGUGGCAGAGCUGGAGGUAAAGAGUUGACCAUAGCAGUUAGAAGGAGGCGCAGGUGGCAGUCAUGGGAAAAUUCACAGAUAAUGUUAUUGGAGCUAAUAUCUAUACAGAUGAUGCCUAGAGAGAGUCACUAAUGGGGUUCUCAGUUUUGACAGUCAUGCUGGCUAAAGAAGACUAGCCUUGGGUUGUUAUAACAAAGUAUGCAGCAAGGAAGUGGUAUUCCCUUCACAUGGCAGUUUUGGGCUACAGUGAACAUCUUAUCCUUCAUAGACAAUAAAAUUUCCAAGAUGCCCAAGUAAAACUCCAUAAAGGAGUUAAUAAAUGCUUAUCAAGGUACUUUCUACCAAACUUUCAGGUAAGAGAAAAUUCUUACGUUUUUUAAGCCAUUUCAGAGCAUCACUGAGGAAGGUAACUUUACCAUUUUCUUUUAUAAAACUACAAAACUUUAAUAGUAAAAUCUCAAAAAGCACUAUAAGGAAAUUCACAGUUGGAUGUUACUUAUAA